AAGUGGAGAAGGAGGAAGUGGAGAAGGAGGAGGCGGAAGAAGAGGAGGAGAAGAAGGAGGAUUGCUUUGUAAAUGUGUGUCAGAGUGGACUCAUGCUGAACAGAGAAAUUUAUAAUAAGCUUUUUGACUAUCAGAGGGAAGGGGUUGCUUUUUUGUACAAGUUGUAUCCAGACAGAAGAAAGGGCGGCAUCCUGGCAGAUGACAUGGGACUUGGGAAGACCAUUCAAGUCAUCACAUUCCUCUCCGGGAUGUUUGACGCAGAACUCAUCCAUUCCGUGUUGCUGAUUCUCCCAGUCAAGCUUAUUAACAACUGGGAGAAAGAGUUUGCCAAGUGGACUCCAAGCCUGCGAGUGGAAGUUUUUUACGGAACCAACAAAGCUGAACGUAAGAAAUCUCUGAAACUGAUCCAGAGGAGAAAGGGUGUGUUGCUCACAACCUACCGGAUGCUCCUCAACAGCAGUCAGUACCUUUCUAGCUUUGAUGGGAAAGAGUUUGUUUGGGACUAUAUCAUUCUAGAUGAAGCCCAUAAAAUCAAAAGACCAUCUGCCAAAACGACAAAAUCUCUGCGCGUCAUUCCUUCCAAAAACCGCAUCCUUCUCACAGGGACUCCGGUCCAAAACAAUCUCAAAGAACUUUGGACUCUUUUUGAUUUUGCUUGUCAAGGCUCGCUUUUGGGCACCAGGAAAACCUUUCAGAUGGAAUAUGAGGGCCCUAUCACGAGAGCCAGGGCAAAAGACGCCACUCCUGGAGAGAAAGCUCUGGGACGUAAAAUCUCAGAAAACCUGAUGUCCAUCAUUGAGCCAUAUUUUCUCAGGCGGACUAAAGAUGAACUCCAGAAGAAGAAAAAGGCUGAGCUUCCAAAUCAUCUUCUUGAAAACCAAAGCAAAGAUCUUGCUCCCGCCAUGCCUUCUCUUCCACGAAAGAACGAGUUCAUUGUAUGGUUGUUCUUAGCACCCAUACAAGAGGAAAUAUAUAGAAAUUUUAUAUCCUUGGAUCAUAUCAAGAAGCUGUUGUUGUCUCCCAAGUUCCCAGUGGGUGAAUAUGUUAUCCUGAAGAAGCUCUGUGAUCACCCAAGGCUCUUGAAAAAUCAAACACGUAGUCAACUAGGGCUGGAAGCUUCCUAUUACAGCGAACAAGAAGAUGGUGAAAAUGAACUUGGUGAGCUCCCGGACAUGAAGAGGAGUAUUGAGCAUGUUUCUGUUGAGAUGCUGAUUCAGGAGUCUGGAAAGUUGAGCUUCCUUGUGGCGCUGCUGGAAAGACUGCAAGACGAGGGACAUAGAACUCUGGUGUUCUCCCAAUCGCAAAAAAUGUCGGACAUUAUAGAGCGCGUCUUAACUCACAGGGGCUUUAAACUCAUGCGCAUUGAUUGGACAGUGACCCAGUUGGCAGAGCGAGAGAAGAGAAUUGGCAUAUUUCAGAAAGAUAGAGACUACUCUGUGCUUUUGCUUACUACUCGAGAUGGUGGGCUUGGUUUAACCUUAACAGCUGCUAGCCGGGUGGUGAUUUUUGAUCCCAGCUUGAAGCCAGCUACAGAUGCCCAAGCUGUGAACCGAGUUUACAGGAUUGGACAAAAGCAGAAUGUCGUAAUCUACCGGCUGGUUACCUGCGGGACAAUUGAAGAGAAGAUCUAUAGAAGGCUAGUCUUCAAGGAAGAGCUACAGUCUUCCAAUAUGUUCAUACUGGAUGACACACGAAGCUCGGCCACACAGCUACAAUUGCAGUCCUUACAUCCCACCCAAAGAAAAACAGACACCGAGUUGGAUGAACACAUUGCACACCUCUACGCGCUAGAGAUAUUUGGCAUUUCUGACCAUGAUUUGAUGUACACACAUGAGACAGCACAUGAUGACGAAGCCGAAAACGAAGAAGCUAACGGGUACAUUGAACCCAGAGUCCAAAAAGCUCAAGAAUUGGUACAACUAGAAUCUCAGUUGAAUCACCAGCACAUAAGAAAUAUCAGAAGUAUGACUGAAGGAGCAUGGCUGAGAGAUACAGAUUCAGCCAUCCAACCAAAAAUGACACCAUCCGAAUCUUCACCAGGUGAGACUCUUGGGCCAUCCACAUCCGAAAGGACAAGCCCAACACUCGUGGAAUCACCCACAUCAUCCGCAAAGAAACCAUCAACCCCUCCUCCAAAUCCUUUGGUUGCCCCAUCUGUAUUUAUUAGUCCUUUCCUCAGUAAUGAAGAUAUUGAUCUUGUAACCGAUGAUGACAAUGUCUUUUUUAGAGAUAUGGUCAAAUUGAGCUUUAGCAUUUUGGGGCAUCUUAAGCAAAUGCUUCAGAUUAUUUCUAAUAUGGAAGAUGGUUUGCCUUCAGAGGAGAAAGAACACCAAUUUCUCAGCUUCCGAUCAUGUGACCUAAAUCCUGGGACAGGUCUUGUGUCCCCUUUUCAGGCUCAUUCAGUAUCUAUCAAGGACUACAGUCCUGAAUCGAGAGCAAUCUCUGAACGGGCUGCUGUGGAUACAGAUGAUGAGCAAAUGGUUCUCCGUACCACCAAUACAGAUGUUCUGUAUUCCAAAAACAAAGAAUGUCAAACAACCAGACUGCAAGCAGAUGACCAAAACAAGACUUAUACUCCUGAUGCCUUGGAGGAUUCUGAGAAUGGACCACCAACCUCCGCAGAAAAAGACAUGUCAUUAGAGGAGACAGCAAAUGAAGGCUUCCAGCUGAGGUUGGAUAGCUACUGUAGCUCUGCAAGUGAAUCACUUGGAAGAGUACGUGGGAGUCUCAGAGGCCUCCAGACUAGCAAUGGUGCAGAGCGCUCUGUGGUCAUGGAUGAUUCCAAUGCUCCAUGUGAUAGUAGAGACAGUUUUGGGCUGGGGAAAAGGAAGCGUUUUGCAAUUAUUGUUUCGGAUGAGGAAGAUGGUGAAUUAACAGAUGAACUGGAUGAGAACAAGCCAUAUGGCAUUUGUAUGUCAACACCAAAGGCCAACAAUCCAAUGGCUGCGAUUUGUGUUUCUCCCAGGAUCAGAUUGAGUGGAAGAAGGUCAACAGCUUCUCGUCGAUCCUUCGAUGUGGCCUUGGAAAAAAAGGAUGCUGCAGCUGGAGAAGCAGGAACUGCCAGCAAUGUAUCUAAUAAGUCAUUAGAUGCCCAAUGUAAUGUCAUGUGAUCUACUUUUGCAACCUUCUGUCAAGAAAAGUCAGUGGGGAAGCCAGAUUCCCCAUUGUAGCCAAAGGAGAAGCUGUCCCCUUUUCAGACUCAUUCAGUAUCUAUCUUCAUACUUAACCCUUUUAAAUGUUACAUUUACAUAAUAUAUUACAUACGUAUAUUAUGUCUUCUUUUGAUCUAUACAUCCUUGUUCUUUUGCAUUCCAAUUUUUAUUCCUCAGAUCCAACCAUAAGUAAAUCCUAUUCCAAAUAUCCUAGUAUUCUGUCUCCUUUAUUUUUUUAGUUCCAGCGUUAGUCUAUUACAUUCUACACAGUCUAAUAUUUUCUUUAUUAUUUCCCUUUCUAGAGGUAUGUUCUCACUCUUCCAUUGUUGGGCAUAAACUAUUCUCGCUGCUGUUGUGCUAUGUAAUGUUAAAUAUGUUAACCCUUUACUUUGACCUCCUUUUAUAAUUCCUAAUAAGAAUAGUUCCAGUUUAAAUUCCAAUUUCUCUCUGGUCAUUUCUUCCAACCAAAUUUGAAUCCUUCACCUGUAGUCUUUUGCCUUUCUACAUGUCCACCACAUGUGGUAAUAGGUGCCUGGUAGUUGGUCACAUCUCCAGCAAUUAGGUGAUAAUUUUUUAUAUAUUUUGGCUAGCCUAACUGGUGGUAAGUACCACCUAUAAAACAUUUUAUAUAGGUUUUCUUUAUAUGAUGUGGCGAGAGUUAAUUUCCUAUUACUUUCCCACAAUUUUUCCCCUCUUUUUCAAUUCGAUAUUACACCCAAAAUUCCUUGGCCAAUCUAUCAUUGUCAUCCAUGAAUACUCUUCAUUGUAGUAAGGUAGAAUAACAAUCUUGAAAGGCUAUUCAGCUUUCUCUCUGUCCCAUUUUCUAGUAAAAUCAAGGCAGGGUUAUUUUAUAUUCCUCACUUUUCCUUCUUUCUUGGGACUGCAUAAAAACCUUUCUACAUGCCCUCCAGUCUUCAUAGCUAGUUCCUUCUUAUGACCAAGGUCAACUGUACUUUGACAGCAAAUGAAGGCUUUCAGCUGAGGUUGGAUAGCUACUGGUAGCUCUGCAACUGAAUCACUUGGAAGAGAACGUGGGAGUCUCAGAGGCCUCCAGACUAGCAAUGGUGCAGAGCGCUCUGUGGUCAUGGAUGAUUCCAAUGCUCCAUGUGAUAGCAGAGACAGUUUUGGGCUGGGGAAAUGGUGUCCUGAUUCGGAUGAGAAAGAUGGUGAAUUAACAGAUGAACUGGAUGAGGACAAGCCAGACGGAAUUUGUAUGUCAACACCAAAAGCCAACAAUCCAAUGGCUGCGAUUUAUUUUUCUCCCAGGAUCAAAUUGAGUGGAAGGUCAACAGCUUCUCGUCGAUCCUUCUUCAAUGUGGUCUUAGAAGAAAUGGAGGAUGCAGUUGGAGAAGCAGGAACUGCCAGAAAUAUAUCUAAUGAUAGGUCUCUUCAGCAUGAGUUUGAAGAAGAGGUAACCCAAAAUUACAUUGGGGAAAUAUCAGAGGAACUGGAAGAAGAGCCAUUUGGAGAAACACUGGAUUCUGAGAGAGAAUCUAGCCAUUUCCAUGAUAGACUCUUCAAGAGGAGAAUCUUUUGUCUGAAAUCUCAAUAUUGUGGUGGGAAUCUAAGGUUACUGUGCUUGAGUUGAAUGUUUACUCUGAAGACUUGUUCCUACCAUUGGAUUUUGUUUUCGAGUGCCAGCUGCUGAAAAUUAAAUAUGCAAAUUUUUUUGGCCUGUCUUAGCAGACUCUUUUAGUUCUUUAUUAUGCUUUGCUGCCUUUCAUUUCAAAGUGAGUUCAAUUUUUAUCAAUCACUUCCUCUUGGGUAUGGCCAAUGUGCUGGAAUUUGGAGUCUCUGUCCCCCUUGAGGUGUUGUAGAAAAAAACAGGACACGCAAGCCAGCUCCUCAGGGAAGGAAUAGUUUAUUGCGCAGGUCCAGAGACAAAGGCCUGAACCCCGAAUGACAUCAGGAAAUUCCUUUUUAUAGUCCUUAGCUUUUAGCUAAGCCACCUGCUAGAUUUUGGAUACACCCCCAAGAUGUGCCCUUGAAUUACAGUAAAAUUAUGUCUACAGGAAGUAAUAAUACAUAGUCAGCUAACAGCCAACAUAGCAUACAUUUGAGAAAGUAAAUUGUGUCCUUUCAGACAGUUUUUACAGUCAAGCCAGCAGAUAUAUUAAAAUAGAGACUUUUGCUACAGCAGCUUUUAUGUGCAGACUUC